GAUGACAAAUAAAUAGGUAAUCAAAUAUAUUGUCGAUUUAUCAAGACACCAGAAGAGGUAAAGUCAAUUUGAUCCAUCAAAAUCAACCUUGACGCAAGUUUUAUGAUCAAAAUUUAGCCAUGUCCACCAAACAAUCAGAUAGAAAAAGGGACAAAUGUAAAAGCAAAGGGUUACAGCGCGUUUUGAAGUUGAUUUUCUGCUGCGUGCCAUCGUCGUCGAAGGUAGAAGACGAUGCAUUAUACGACGCGCCCAAAAUGGUAUCAUCUUUCUGCCAAUGCGAAUGCGACCAACAAACCAAAACCACUGCUACAGACGAGAUGGAAAUAUCGAAAUGCUGCCACCCACAGAACGACAUCAGCAUCACCAGCGGCGCCGACGGAGACAUGAAAUCCCCCUUGGAAAAACUAACGAAUCUAAUAGUCAGCCUCGACCACAUUUACGAGUUCUGCUCGAAGGAAUCCGAGCACUUUAAGAAACUGUGCGCGUCCAACCGAGAGAGCAGAACCGUGGACUCGGGAAUACUCGUCACCGAUUCGGACACGCUAUUCACCAAAUCCGACUUGCACAUCAACCUGACGGAGGGCUCCAGCGCCGAGAAGAUCUCCAAAGACACCGACGACGGCAUCUUCGAGAACUACUCCAACACCCUGGGGUCCUUCACCGGCACCGUCAUGGAGCACAUCUCCAACAUCAAAUCCGAAAUCGAGAACAUCAAAAACAUGGUCGCCGACAGCGGAAAGGCGGAGUUCCCUCUGAUCGGGUACGAGAGGGAGCUGGCCGACGACCAGUGGCUGUGUCGCGUCGAGGAGUACAAAUUCCUGGAGGCGAAGAUGCGGGCUUCGAAUUUCUGCCGGUUCCACAGGCUGGGCCAGACGUGCGAUAAGAAGUCGAAGGGCGGGAGCAGCCGGUUGAAGUGCGUUUAAGUUGGAUUUUGGUUGAUUGGCUGGAAUUUUUUUUGGAUGGAAAUUUGUAGAGGCCCUCUCGACGAUGCGAAAGCGCAGUUUAGUGCUUUUUUGCGAUGUGGCAAUCGCUAUUCUAAAUCUACCUACGAAUUAUUUGGAGCGGGAUCUGAUUACGUGCCAAUUUGUAGAGAAUGGAUAUAUCGCAUUUUUAAUUGUAAUUUGAGCAAGUUUUAUUAAAUUGUCUUAAGUCUU